AUGCCAUCUUCCGCCACCAUGAGCCAUCACUCGUCGGGCCUACGGUCCGGCAUCAGCUCCACCUCAUACCGCCGGACCUUCGGACCACCGCCCUCACUGUCCCCCGGGGCUUAUUCCUACUCUUCCAGCUCUCGCUUCUCCAGCAGCCGCCUGCUGGGCUCGGCGUCCCCGAGCUCGUCUGCGCGACUGGGUAGCUUCCGUGCCCCUCGAGCGGGGGCCCUGCGCUUGCCCUCGGAGCGCCUCGACUUCUCCAUGGCCGAGGCCCUCAACCAGGAGUUCCUGGCUACAAGGAGCAACGAGAAGCAAGAGCUACAGGAGCUCAACGACCGCUUCGCCAACUUCAUCGAGAAGGUGCGCUUCCUGGAGCAGCAGAACGCAGCUCUGCGCGGAGAGCUGAGCCAGGCCCGGGGCCAGGAGCCGGCGCGCGCCGACCAGCUGUGCCAGCAGGAGCUGCGGGAACUGCGGCGCGAAUUGGAGCUGCUGGGCCGGGAGCGCGACCGGGUGCAGGUGGAGCGCGACGCGCUGGCGGAGGACCUGGCGGCGCUCAAGCAGAGGUUAGAAGAAGAAUCCCGCAAGCGGGAGGAUGCGGAGCACAACCUGGUGCUCUUCCGUAAGGAUGUGGACGACGCCACUCUGUCCCGCCUAGAACUAGAGCGCAAGAUUGAGUCUCUGAUGGAUGAAAUUGAGUUCCUCAAGAAACUACACGAAGAGGAACUUCGGGAUCUGCAGGUGAGCAUGGAGAGCCAGCAGGUUCAGCAGGUGGAGGUGGAGGCGACAGUGAAGCCAGAGCUGACUGCGGCGCUGAGGGACAUCCGUAUGCAGUAUGAGAACAUCGCAGCGAAGAAUCUGCAGGAGGCAGAGGAGUGGUAUAAGUCCAAAGUGCGAGAGUGGGGGAGGACUCUGAGGGGGUCCUGGGGUGGGAGGCUCUGGGAAUUGCUCGCAUCCCAGCUGGACCCGUCUGCCACUCUGCAGUACGCUGACCUGUCCGACGCCGCCAACCGCAACCACGAGGCCCUACGCCAGGCCAAGCAGGAGAUGAACGAGUCCCGACGUCAAAUCCAGAGUCUGACGUGUGAGGUGGACGGGUUGCGUGGCACGAACGAGGCGCUGCUCAGACAGCUGCGGGAGCUGGAGGAGCAGUUCGCCCUGGAGGCUGGAGGGUACCAAGCCGGCGCUGCGCGUCUGGAGGAAGAGCUUCGACAGCUGAAGGAAGAGAUGGCGCGGCAUCUGCGAGAAUACCAGGAGCUCCUCAAUGUUAAGAUGGCCCUGGAUAUCGAGAUCGCCACCUACAGGAAGCUGCUGGAAGGAGAGGAGAGCCGGAUCUCAGUGCCAGUCCAUUCCUUUGCUUCCCUAAGUUUAAAGGCCACUGUGCCUGAGGUGGAGGCUCCCCAGGACAGCCACAGCCGUAAGAUGGUUCUGAUUAGGACUAUUGAGACCCGGGAUGGGGAGCAGGUGGUGACAGAGUCCCAGAAGGAACAGCACAGUGAACUGGAUAAGUCUUCUGUUCACAGCUACUGA